AUGACCCUGAAUGGCGGUGGCGGUGGGGCUGGCGGGAGCCGCGGGGGCCAGGAGCGCGAGCGCCGUCGGGGCAGCACACCCUGGGGCCCCGCGCCCCCCCUGCACCGGCGGAGCAUGCCGGUGGACGAGCGCGACCUGCAGGCAGCGCUGGCGCCCGGGGCCCUGGCAACGACCGAGGCCCGCGCCCAGGGCCCGCGGCUGGACUGGCCCGAAGGCUCCUCGGACUCCCUCAGCUCCGGGGGCAGCGACUCAGACGACAGCGUGUACAAGGUGCUGCUUCUGGGGGCGCCUGGCGUGGGCAAGAGCGCGCUGGCCCGCAUCUUUGGUGGUGUGGAGGAGGGACCUGACGCAGAGGCCGCAGGGCACACCUAUGAUCGCUCCAUCACAGUGGACGGAGAAGAGGCCUCACUCCUGGUCUAUGACAUUUGGGAGCAGGAUGGUGGCCACUGGCUGCCUGGUCACUGCAUGGCCAUGGGGGACGCAUAUGUCAUCGUGUACUCUGUGACGGACAAGAGCAGCUUCGAGAAGGCCUCAGAGCUGCGGGUUCAGCUGCGGCGGGCGCGGCAGACAGACGACGUGCCCAUCAUUCUCGUGGGCAACAAGAGCGACCUGGUCCGCUCUCGUGAGAUCUCUGUGGAUGAGGGCCGGGCCUGCGCAGUGGUAUUUGACUGCAAGUUUAUCGAGACUUCAGCUGCGCUGCACCACAACGUCCAGGCUCUGUUUGAGGGCGUUGUGCGCCAGAUUCGCCUUCGCAGGGACAGCAAAGAGGCCAACGCCCGUCGGCAGGCAGGUAGCCGGAGGCGAGAGAGCCUGGGUAAGAAGGCGAAGCGCUUCCUGGGCCGCAUUGUGGCGCGCAACAGCCGCAAGAUGGCCUUUCGAGCCAAGUCCAAGUCCUGCCAUGACCUCUCGGUUCUCUAG